UGUUUCGCCGUCUGAAUUAUCUUGGAUCAUGUCCGAAUCAUGGUUUCGUGACCAUUGAUACCGGGGCGCCGAGCAACUUUUGGCAGUGCAAUCACAUGGCGAUGAAGUCGUAAGGUGCCAAUGGCUUUGAGCAGGAACAUUUCAAGACUACUGCUGCAAGAUAAAAGCUGCAAAAGCAUUAUAAUUUUAUCUUACUUCCCCCCACUCUCACCAACGACAGCAUCACCAUUCAUCGUGAAAAAUCGCGAUGUUUAUUCUUUUUCUAAUCGUUUCUCUCAUUUCAUCGAUUAAUGCGACAGCUAUAGUAUCUCGCUCAGAAUACCCACUAUCUCAGCUCUCUGUACAUGGUCCCAAAACUAGAUUAACCAUAGGCAAUAAAGUCAUCGCUCCCGAUGGCUUUCAACGCCCAACAACUCUUGUCGAUGGCAUAUUUCCUGGACCCUUGAUUGCAGCCCAAAAGGGAGAUCACUUUGAUAUUGAGGUGGUCAACAAGCUCAAGGACGACGACUCGAUGUUCGUGCUUACCAGUGUUCACUGGCAUGGCAUCUUUCAAAAUCGGACAAACUAUGCCGAUGGGGUGGCCUUCGUCACCCAAUGCCCCAUCACGCCAAACCACUCUUUUUUACAUUCUUUCUCCGCCCCAAACCAGGCGGGCACUUACUGGUAUCACAGUCAUUAUUCUGUUCAAUAUUGCGAUGGUCUGAGGGGACCACUGGUAAUAUAUGAUCCUGAAGACCCUUUGGCGUACAUGUAUGAUGUCGACGAUGCAAGCACCGUAAUCACGCUCGCCGACUGGUAUCAUACUGUAGCUCCCGAUUUGCUCGGCACUAUAGCUGUUGCCCAAUCUAUGCUCAUCAAUGGACUCGGUCGCUAUGCUGGUGGACCCCAGUCGGAGCUUGCUGUGGUCAACAUCACGCCGGGAAAGCGAUAUCGCUUGCGCCUGAUCCAAAUUUCAUGCGACUCCAACGUCCUGUUCUCCAUCGAUGGCCACGACUUAACUGUCAUCGAAGCGGAUGGACAGCUGACUAAACCUCUAGUGGUAGAUCAGCUCCAGAUUUUUGCAGCCCAGCGCUACUCUGUGAUUCUAGUGGCUGACAAGCCAGUGGAUAACUACUGGAUACGCGCUCUUCCUAGUACGGCGAAUGCCACCUACGACGGAGGAAUGAACACUGCUAUCCUACGCUACAAAGGCGCCCCAGAGAUUGACCCGACCACGGUCAAUGUUCCAUCCACGAACCCAUUGGUAGAGACCAACUUGCAUGCUCUACUCCAUCCCGGUGCUCCUGGCAUUCCAGAGUAUGGUAAGGCAGAUAUCAACCUCCACCUCAAUGUCACCAUCAGUGGCCCAAAUUUCUAUGUCAAUAAUGUCACAUUCGUAAACCCCACCGUUCCUGUUCUACUCCAAAUUCUUAGUGGAGCUCGAGAGGCUUCUCAGCUGCUCCCAACCGGAAGUGUAUACGUUCUCGAUGCCAACAAAGUGGUAGAGUUAACAGUAGCAAUAGUAACCGCUCCAGGUGGACCUCAUCCUAUACACCUUCAUGGGCACACGUUUGAUGUUGUACAGAGCGCGGGCAGCAAUACCUUCAAUUACGUGAACCCAGUUCGCCGUGAUGUGGUCAGCGCUGGGAUCAUUGGGGACAAAAUAGUGAUCAGAUUUGUCACCGACAAUUCUGGCCCGUGGUUCUUGCAUUGUCACAUUGACUGGCACCUUGCGGCCGGUUUUGCUGUGGUAAUGGCAGAAAGUCCCGUGGAUACUCCCGCACAUGUGAACCCCGUGCCAUAUGAAUGGGAUCGGUUAUGUCCAAUUUAUGACCACCACCCGGAUCCCAUGGUAGCUGGCAUCACUGACAUUCACUUUGCCUGAUAUGACCAUGGUUAUAUUAACCACUAGUGGCCGGCGUUGCCGC